AUUUCUUCGACCACUGUAAGACCCUCAUACAGCAUAUAAGUAACAGUGGUUCGAACAGCUGUAUGUAUAUAUUACAGCGCUAGCAAGUAUUCACGUUACUGUGAUAAAAUGGAUUCAAUGUUCUAUGAAUUUUGUGGAAAUUUGUCGUUUCUGAAUAAAACCAUUCUACUGCAAGAUCAGCCGAUACUCACUUCCUGUUUCUUGGACACACUUCCGGUCUGGAUCACAUGCGGUUUUCUUUGGAUUGCAUCGCCUCCUUUCGUCGUGUUUAUGCUGAAAUGUUGUGGAAAACCUCUGCCAUUCUCUCACAUUCAUGUCGUCAAAAUUGCAGUGUGUAUCACUCUGAUAUGUUUAGAGGAGCUACAUUUUUUAUUUCGGCUUAUGUAUGGACCUAUGUGUGAAGGGCUGCAGACUUUGCCUUUGUCCGCCAUGGUUGCUAUGGGUGUCAGGACUGGAACAUUGUUACUGGCGACCCUUCUGAUCGAGGUACAAAAGCGUCAUGGAAUAAGAACUUCCGGUGUACUGUUUGCUUUCUGGUUCCUACUCAUCACGACGGAAUCGUUCAGAUUUUAUUCAUAUCUAAUUUCACAGCUUUACUGCGUUACACAUGUGGUAUUCUACAUUUAUUAUGCCUUUGUCGUCGUCCAGUUUAUAGUGCACUGUUUCUCUGACAAAGCCGGACUACUUCCUUCUGACAAGGUUCCAUGUCCGCAAGACCAUGCUUCCACUCUCAACCGGAUCACAUACACGUGGAUGACCAGUUUAGUGUAUUCUGUUUACAAGAAAACCUUUCAGCGUGAAACAAUGUGGAAUCAGACCUACAGUUUGCAGUCAUCACUGAUUGGUACACGGCUAGAGAUGAGGUGGAAAAGAGAAAUAGAAAAGAAGAGAGAAAGAACUGAGAGAAGAGAUAAUGUGAGCGUUAUUGUUGAGCCCGUUGGCGAUCUGUCGACAUCCUGCAACUCUGAGUGUACACCGUUAUUGUCACAGGGAGAAAGGCAAGAACAAAAGAAAAACACUAAAAGUGGUCGAGCAAAUCUGUUGAAGGUGGUGCUAUUGGAAAACUGGUUCGAGUUACUAGAGUUCCUUUUCUACAGCUGGUUUUCACUCAUCACGUACUGUUCUCUUCCGCUUAUACUCAGUUACUUAAUAGACUUCAUUGACGCAAAGGAUACAUCUACCUCACCGUUAUGGUUGGGUAUUAUUUACUGUCUUAUUGUGGUCAUUUCCAUGGAAACAAGUUCAAUAUUCUACAAUGCACAGUGUCACUAUGCAGCGUGCCUUGGACUCAAAAUCAAACACUCCUUAAUGUAUCUCAUAUACCAGAAGGCUCUGACUGUCUCCAAAGCCGAGAAUAAGAUAUCUGUAGGGGAUGUGGUGAACCAUAUGUCCGUGGAUUGUCAACGUAUACAGGACUCUGUGUUCUACUCGUACUACCUCCCGAACUGUAUUCUCUUCCUCACAAUUGCAUCUUACUUCUUGUAUGUCACUGUCGGUGGCCCAGCAACAAUUGGUGGCAUGUGUUUACUGUGUAUGAUCGUGCCCUUAAAUGUGGCUAUUGUACGCGCGCAGAAGACCAUCCAAGAAAACUUGUUGCAUAUAAAGGGAGUUCGUGUUCGACUUAUGAGUGAAAUUUUAUCUGGGAUAAAGGUUUUGAAAAUGUACGCAUGGGAGUACACUUUCAUUCAGAAGAUACAAGAUAUAAGGAAGAAGGAAAUAGAAUAUUUGAGAAAGAACGCAACCCUCAUGGCUAUCAGCACGUCCGUAGCUAACCAUAGCCAGUACAUGAUCCACUUAGUUUUGAUUGUGAUAUACGCUCUCACAUCGUCUGAUCGAUAUGUUAGUUCCACCAUUGUGUUUGUAUCAAUGUCUGUCCUCGUCAUCAUCAAAAGCCCUCUCACAAUUCUACCAACACUUCUCAACACGCUAGUUCAGGCAUAUGUAUCAUUAAAGAGAGUAGAAGAUUUUUUGUGUUGCUCUGAUGUGGACGAUGCUGAAAUUACCCUGUUAAAACCUGCAGGAACUUUGCAUCCAGAUUAUAGCGUGUAUGUUAGGGAUGGCACAUUUACCUGGGACAGCGAAGACGCGGACCAAUGCUUGUCAAGAAUUAAUCUGAAAGUUCGAGCUGGCCAGCUAAUUGCUGUGGUCGGAUACUGUGGCUCGGGAAAAUCUUCGUUGAUAUCCGCGAUUCUUGGCGAGAUGCGAAGAUUGGGUGGCUACACACAAAUAAAGGGUUCUGUCGCGUAUGUACCACAGGAAGCAUGGAUUCAGAACAUGACACUACGUGACAAUAUUCUGUUUGGAAGACAUUAUAACCAUAGCAAAUACUGGAAAGUGAUAGAAAAUUGCUCACUGAAAUCCGACCUGGAGAUGCUGGAUGGUGGAGAUAAAACUGAAAUUGGUGAAAAGGGUACAAACAUUAGCGGUGGACAAAAGCAGAGGAUCAGCGUGGCACGUGCUGUAUAUAGCAACGCUGAUAUUUACUUCCUUGACGACCCGUUGUCCGCUGUUGACGCUCAUGUAGGAAAGGAUUUAUUCAAGAACGUCAUAGGAAAUAGUGGGAUGCUUAAAAAUAAAACGAGAAUCCUUGUCACACAUACUAUCCACUGGUUACCUCUGGUCGACAACAUCAUUGUGAUGAAUGAAGGAAAAAUAUCGGAAUGUGGAACUUACGACGAGUUAAUGUUACACAAUGGACCGUUUGCCCAAUUCCUUCUACAAAACCUUCAGAACGAGGCUGCUGAAGACUGUGACGAUCCUGAAAUACAGUGGAUACGGGAGAAUAUGAUUGAGCAGAUCGAGUCUGUGACGUCAGAGGGAGCUGACGGAAACUCGUCCGAGGACACAGCGUCAAGGGUCAAAGGCAAAAGGCAAAAAAAGAAGAGAGACCGUAGAAGGAAUUUAUCGAGUAUGUCAAUGAGCAGAAUGCCAUCUACACAAAUUUCCAUGACAACACAAAACAUAAAACGCUUGACAACAGAAGAAGUCGUCCAAGAAGGAUCGGUGAAAUUGGAAGUUUUGGUUGAUUAUUUUAAAGCUAUGGGACUAUGGGUGGCUUUAAUAUCAGUACUUCUACUCGUGUUCUAUCACGUGCUGACGGUCUAUUCCAUGUUUUGGUUGACCUUUUGGACCGAGGACCCAUUCUUGAAAAACCGAAGCAAUGCUGUUCUGGAUGAAUAUGCAGACAAGUCAACAAAAUAUAUGAUCGUUUAUGUUCUGAUGUGCCUAAUACAAGGGGUGGCUGUAUUUGUUUCGUACUACCUGUCACUGAAUCGACUGAUCCAAGCGUCAUCAGUUCUCCAUUCUAAGAUGUUGAUGAGUGUCAUGAGGUCGCCUAUGUCUUUCUUUGACAGCGUUCCUAUUGGAAGAAUACUUAACAGGUUUUCAAGUGACAUAGAUACACUUGAUAAUAAGUUACCUGAGAGUUAUCGUGUAUGGAUCAAUAUGUUUCUUACAACGGUAUCUGCCAUAGUUGUCAUUGUUAUAAGCACGCCUAUCUUCAUUCUGGUCGUCCUGCCAACCGUCGCAAUCAUAAUCGGCUUGAUUUACUUUUAUUUGCCAACAACGCGAAAAAUGCGGCGGAUUGAAGCAGUAACAAGGUCCCCUAUAUAUAACUUCUUCAGUGAAACCUUGACUGGAUCGUCAGUGAUCAGGGCAUAUAAAUGUUGCAACCGUUUUAUACAAGAGUUCUUCCGCCGAAAUGACGAGAAUUCUACAUAUUACUUUGCCGCUAACACUGGCUCAAGAUGGAUCGCUAUGCGAAUCGAGUUCCUUGGUAACAUAAUACUUCUCGCUGCGAUAAUGAUCGCUAUCACGUCAGACACACUAAAUGGAGGCCAACUUGGUCUGUCAGUUACGUAUGCAGUCCAGAUAACAUUUUCCUUGAACACAGUAGUAUGGAGUGUUACAGAAAUGGAGAUGAAUGUUGUAUCGGCUGAACGAGUUAACGAAUUCUCCGAUCUUCCGUCUGAGGCUGAGUGGAAAGAAGACAAAGUCGUCCCGAGAAAAGACUGGCCAGCUACAGGUAACAUCAGCUACCGGAAGUAUUGUACCAGAUACAGGGCUGGACUCGACCUCGUAUUGAAGGGGAUAACAUUUAAUAUUCAAAACGGAGAAAAGAUCGGCGUGGUGGGACGGACUGGCGCGGGCAAAUCCUCCCUUACCUUGAGUUUAUUCCGUAUCAUAGAGGCAAGCGGUGGUUCCAUCUAUAUAGAUGGUGUGAAUAUUGCAAAUCUUGGGCUGCAUACACUCCGAAGAAAUAUUACAAUCCUUCCGCAGGAGCCGGUAUUGUUUUCAGGAUCAUUAAAAAUGAAUGUUGACCCUCUAAAUCAGUUCACAGAUGACGAGAUUUGGGGGGCCCUUGAAUGCGCACAUUUAAAAUCCUUUGCUGCCAAGCAACCCGAGGGUUUAUUGUACGAUUGUGGAGAAGCAGGACAGAAUUUUAGUGUUGGUCAGAGACAGCUCGUAUGCCUAGCGAGAACGUUACUCAACAAGACAAAAGUUUUGGUGCUAGACGAGGCGACGGCAGCUGUCGACUUAGAAACAGACAGUCUGAUUCAGCAGACGAUACGAACACAGUUCAGUGACUGCACUAUUUUUACCAUAGCUCAUAGGCUCAACACAAUCAUGGACUAUGACAGAGUGAUGGUACUUGACAAAGGCUUGAUUAAAGAAUUCGCAGCUCCUCGGGAACUCCUCAACGACAGAGAAGGUAUAUUUCACUCGAUGGCAAAGGAUGCUCGAUUGAUAUGAUUCAACAAAGCUGAUGCUCUCACAAAGUGACAUUUUAAUGUACGACGACGCAAAUGAAUGUGCACUUGUGAUUUUGACAUUUUCAUCAUUGUACAGAAUAGUAAAUAAAACAAAAUUUGAACUUUUAUAAUUCAUGUGAUUGCGUUAUUUCGGUGUAACGGGUAUGCUUUUCAAAAUGUCACGAAUGAAUUAAAAAUGUAAGUAUACAAUAAGUAUUGUAGUACAGAGAAGGUAAAAUUGGGAAAUAUCUACAGUCAAAAUUGUUAUUGAUUAGUCAAAAUUGUUAAUGAUUAUGCCAGUGGAGUUGAACUCUAUCAUCUAUUGAACAUGUUAGAGGACUAAUAGAUUUUCAUUCUAGCAUUGUAAGUGUAAGAAUUUUAAUUAAAGAAUUCGAAUUAUAUGUAAAAAAUAAGA